AUAUCGACUGAUCUUAUUGUAUUGUUGUUUAUUUGUUAAGACGCUUAAUCCGUUUCAAGACAAUUAUUUAUAACAAUAUGAAAAACAAGUUCUCAAAGUUAUUUUAUACGUUUAAUUAUUAUCAAGAUUUAAUUAUGUGAAUUAAUAAAAAAUCUUAGAUAACUAUUGACAAGUUUCUAGAAGAAUUAUUCAAUACAAUCAACAUUUUCAAUAUUUAGAUUACAAUAAUUGAAAAAAUUCACCCAAAAUGGACAACGUAACAACUGCAGAAUGUUUGACAUUAGAUUUUGGACCUUUUGAAACGGUCCAUCGAUGGCAACGAAUGCCUGAAUGUGAUGAGUUCGUUGGUGCUAGACGUAGUAAGCAUACAGUAGUUGCUUAUAAAGAUGCAAUUUAUGUAUUUGGUGGAGAUAAUGGGAAAAGAAUGUUGAAUGAUUUAUUACGCUUUGAUGUGAAAGAAAAAUCAUGGGGUCGUGCUUUUGUAACUGGAAAUCCACCACCACCUCGCUAUCAUCAUUCCGCAGUGGUACAUGAUACUUCAAUGUUUGUUUUUGGUGGUUACACAGGUGACAUACAUUCCAAUUCAAAUUUGACUAAUAAAAAUGAUUUAUUUGAGUACAAAUUUCAAACGGGACAGUGGAUUGAAUGGAAAUUUAUUGGAAAAACUCCAGUUCCGAGGUCAGCACAUGGAGCUGCAGUUUAUGAUAACAAACUUUGGAUAUUUGCGGGCUAUGAUGGCAAUGCUCGACUCAAUGAUAUGUGGACUAUAUCAUUGUUACCAGGAGAGUUAAGGAUAUGGGAAGAAGUUGUACAAUCUGGUGAUUGUCCGCCAACUUGUUGUAACUUUCCAGUUGCUGUAGCACGAGAAUCAAUGUUUGUUUUUAGCGGCCAAAGUGGUGCCAAAAUUACAAAUAGCUUAUUCCAGUUUCAUUUCCGUGAAAAAAGGUGGACUAGAAUAUCUACAGAACAUAUUUUAAGAGGAGCUCCUCCACCUCCUGCUCGUCGUUAUGGUCACACGAUGGUGAGUUUUCAUCGACAUCUCUACGUAUUUGGAGGAACCGCAGAUUCCACAUUACCAAAUGAACUUCAUUGCUAUGACCUCGAUACUCAAACUUGGAAUAUCGUGACUGCAUCAGCCGACAGUGAUAUUCCUUCAGGAAGACUUUUUCAUGCUGCAGCAGUCAUUGGAGAAGCUAUGUACAUAUUUGGAGGAACGGUCGAUAAUAAUGUUCGUUCUGGCGAAACAUAUCGUUUUCAAUUUUCAUGCUAUCCCAAAUGUACCCUUCACGAUGAUUUUGGAAGACUUUUAAACUCUAAACAAUUCUGUGAUGUUGAGUUUAUUGUUGGAAAAGAUCACAUGGAAAAAAAAAUACCUGCUCACAUUGCCAUGGUUGCAGCACGUUCACAGUUUCUAAGUUCUCGGAUUCGUGAAGCACGAAAAAAAACAAUAGAACACUUAAAAGAAAAAGAAGAAACUUCUGGUGAAAUAACAAUGACAGACUUACCUCUUUUGGAGGUGAAGUUAGAAGAUGCUGUACCUGAAGCUUUUGAAAUGGUUCUCAAUUACAUUUACACAGAUCGCAUAGAUCCUACAAAAGCAGUAAAGGACUCUGAUCCGAACAAUAGAAUCGUUUUACUUAUGAUGGAUGUUUAUCGACUAGCUUUCCAAUUUAAUAUGAAACGUCUGGAACAGCUGUGUGUGCAUUAUCUCAAAGCUACUAUCAAUCACGCCAAUGUUCUUGAAGCUUUGCACAAUGCUGCACACCUUAAACUUGAUUUUAUAAAAGAGUUUUGUUUGAGUUUUGUGGUGAAGGACAGUAACUACAAUCAAAUAGUUAUGAGUCGAGAAUUUGAAACAUUAGACCGGCCAUUAAUGGUGGACAUUAUACGUCGGAGACAAGUACCCCAAACUAGAAGUUACUCCAAACAAUAUGAAACUGGUACUGGCACGUCGUUAGAGCAAGACAUGGAGAAAUUUUUGAAAGGUGGAGGUUGUGAAUUCUGUGAUAUUACGUUAAUGUUGCAAGGUGAUGCUUACCCAGCACAUAAAGCAAUUUUAGCAGCCCGAUGCAAUUACUUUGAAGCUAUGUUUAGGUCAUUUAUGCCAAAAGAUAAUAUAGUUAAUAUUCUAAUCGGUGAAACGAUACCUUCACCGGAAUCUUUUGCUUCGUUAUUAAGAUAUAUUUAUUACGCUGAUGUUUCAAUGCCUCCGGAAGAUUCUCUUUAUCUCUUUACUGCUCCGGCAUUUUAUGGUUUCACCAAUAAUCGUUUACAAGCUUUCUGUAAGCAAAAUUUAGAAAUGAAUGUUACGUUUGAAAAUGUAAUACAAAUUUUAGAAGCUGCAGAUCGUAUGCAGGCAUGCGAUGUUAAAAAAUAUGCUCUUAAUCUUAUUGUUCAUCAUUUUAGUAAGGUUGCUCGAUUACCAAGACUCCAACAGUUGAGUCGUGAAUUACUUCUGGAUAUUAUUGAAGCUCUGGCAGACGAACGUAGCGAGGCUCGUACAUGUCAGGAUAUGACAAGUGAUUGUUGACUGUAGUAGACUUUGUAUCCAUUUUAACCUUUGACUGUUUUAAUUUUUUCAUUAUUGGAUUCGUUAAAGAGUCCAAUAAUUUUUUACGUAAGCCUUAUAAGUUUAUUAUCGGUAGUUAAAAAUCCGUAAUCGAUAGAUAGUUUAUUGUAAUUGCAAUUGGCGUUUUUGUCGAAAGGUUAAUUGUCAUAUGGAUUAAUUAAAUCUUACCUUUGGUAAAUUGGUAUAGUAAGCGAAUUAAAGCCUACUAAUGACUAAGAACAUAUUUUAUAUUAUUUAUUGUGUACAUACUCCUAAAGAUAUUUAGAAUAAUUAUAACUUUAAAAGUUAAAAAAUGGUUAUUUGAAUAAUUUUGUUAUUGUCAUUCAGGUUAGUGACAUCUGAAAAAUGCUAAUUAUUGUUUAUAAAUA